AUGACUGCAAUAGAAAAUACAGAUAAUUGGUCAGCUGAGGAAGCUGUAGAGAGUGUAAAGAUGCUGACUGUUAAUGAGUUACAAUCACGUAUAAGACUUCUAGAUGGUGAAGUAAAAUUGAUGAAGAGUGAGAAUAAUCGCCUACAACAUGAAUUAAACCAAAUGAAUGAGAGAAUACGAAGUAAUAUUGAAAAGAUUAAACUAAAUCGUCAAUUACCAUAUCUAGUUGCAAAUGUUGUGGAGUCUUUAGAAUUUAAUGACGAUGACAAUAAUGAAGGAGAAGGAGUUGAUUUUGAUGGUGAUAAAAAUGGUAAAUGUAUGGUUAUAAAGACAUCUUCUAGACAGACUGUAUUUUUACCAGUAAUAGGAUUAGUUCCAGAGGAUGAACUUAAACCAGGAGAUUUAGUUGGAGUUAAUAAGGAUAGUUAUUUAAUUCUUGAUAAAUUACCUCCAGAAUAUGAUUCUCGAGUAAAAGCAAUGGAAGUUGAUGAGAGACCUACAGAAGAAUAUUCAGAUGUUGGAGGUCUAGAUAAGCAAAUACAAGAGUUAGUAGAGGCAAUAGUUUUACCUAUGACACAUAAGGACCGUUUUGAUAAGAUUGGUAUCAAACCUCCAAAAGGAGUACUAAUGUAUGGUCCUCCAGGAACAGGUAAAACUUUAUUAGCUAGGGCAUGUGCAGCACAGACAAAAGCUACAUUUUUAAAACUUGCAGGGCCUCAAUUAGUACAAAUGUUUAUUGGUGAUGGAGCAAAGAUGGUUCGUGAUGCAUUUCAGAUAGCUCGUGAGAAAGCUCCUGCAAUAAUUUUUAUAGAUGAAUUAGAUGCUAUUGGAAUGAAAAGAUUUGACAGUGAACAUAGUGGAGAUAGAGAGGUACAAAGAACUAUGCUUGAAUUGUUAAAUCAGUUGGAUGGAUUUAGUUCAGAUGAUAGAGUAAAAGUUAUUGCAGCUACAAAUCGUCCAGAUACUCUAGAUCCUGCUCUACUUAGAUCUGGAAGAUUAGAUCGUAAAGUUGAAUUACCACAUCCUAAUGAAGAUGCAAGAGCUCACAUUUUACAGAUUCAUAGCAGAAAGAUGAAUGUAGAUAAAAAUGAUGUAAAUUUUCAAGAAUUAGCUCGUUCUACAGAUGACUUUAAUGGAGCUCAAUUAAAGGCUGUUUGUGUAGAGGCAGGAAUGACUGCACUUAGGAGAGGAGCUACUAUUUUAUGUCAUGAAGAUUUUGUAGAGGGUAUUGCAGCUGUAUUAUCAAAGAAGAAAUCACCUCUGACAUAUUUUUCUUAA